AUGGAUCCGGAAUCAGCCUUUCAGGACGCCAUGGAUUCUUUUACGCUUUGCAACUUCCAGGAAUGUUUAAAAGGAUUGCAUUCCAUAAACUCCAAGGAUCCUCAAUUGCGUCAAAAGGUUGAACUCUUGACCUACCGAGCUUAUAUAGCACAACGAAAGUACAAUGUCGUUAUGAAUGAGAUAACGGAAAAUCAUGAAGUGUUAAGUUACAGGUUGGUUCGUCUUCUUGCCGGACUGCAAUCUGGCACCGUUUCCAAAGAAAAGGUACUCGAGGGUUUAUCUUCAAACUUAACGGGUGAUUUACCUGCAAGCGAUGACACCUGCCUCAUUAUUGCGGCUACCAUCUAUAUGUACCUUGUUGGCGGCGACAAGCUCAAUGAGGCCUUGAGCAUCUACCAGGAGCUUCAAGAGAAGUAUAAACCAACACCCCUUCUACUCAACGGCCAGGCUGCAGCUCUGAUGGCUAUGGGUCGAUGGGCUGAUGCUGAGCCCGUCUUGCAGCAGUCCCUCGACAUGGAACCCAGCCACACUGAGACGCUUAUAAACAUGAUGGUCGUUUCUCAGCAUACUGGCAAACCCGCAGAGAUCAUGAACAGAUUCAUCUCCCAGCUUCGUGACUGUGACAAGAACCAUCCCUUCCUGGACUCGAUUAACAGCAUGGACCAGCUGUUCGAGGAAGCGAAAGGUCAGAUUACGGCUAAAAUCCAAAAGAAUGUUGCAUAA